ACAGAUAAACCCCUCCACUCUCUCUUGUAUAAAAAUCAACAUCAGUCGCACAACAAAUAAUUUCCAUUUACCUUAAUCGCCGACAUAAUGUCGGUCGCUCGCACCAUCCUCUCCCGCAGUCUUCGCAGAAGCGUCAAAUCCUUCUUCAGGCCCCAGCUGAGUCGAACUCUCUCGACCAACAUCCUCGACUCGGGCUUGCCCGACGUGUCCAUCCCCAGCACCUCCAUCCCGGAAUUCGUCUUCUCCAAGUGCGAAAAGUACGACCACUUCACUGCCAUCGAAUGCGGAAUAACCGGGAGGAAGUACACCUACGGAGAGAUCAUUUCUAAGUCAAAAAACUUGAGCAGGGCGCUGCGGAAAAAGCUGGGUUUGAAGGAUGGGGACGUAGUGGCGGUGCUCCUCCCCAACGUCCCGGAAUUCCCACUGGUGACUCUGGGGGUGCUGCACGCCAAUUUGAUCGUUACGACGCUCAAUCCGGUGUACACUCAAGAGGAAAUCUUCCGCCAGCUGUCCGACUCUUCAGCCAAAGCCCUCAUCACCCUCGUCACCGCGUUCCCAACCGCCUCCGCCGCCUGCAACAAACCCUUCCCCAUAAUAACGAUAAAAACCGAGCAAACCCAAUCCACGCCGCCUGGAGCCAUCGAUUUCGCCGAACUCGUCGAUAACGUCAUCGAUUUAACCGACCCCGUGCCCCGGAAAGCCGACGAUGUGGCGUUUUUACCGUACUCGAGCGGUACCACGGGGCUUCCCAAGGGGGUACAACUAACCAACUACAACAUCGUAGCCAAUAUUAGUCAGAACAGCUCGCCUGAUCUGCCUUUCAUCGAAGAAACCACCAAAGAGCACCAGGACGUCAUCCCCGUAAUUUUGCCCAUGUUCCACAUUUACGGGUUCACUGUUAACACUAUGUUUAUUCUUACCAAAGGGACGAAAUUGGUGACGCUACCGAAGUUCACCCCUGAGGAUUACGUGCGGGUGUUGAGGAACCACAAACCCAACAUCCUGUUCGUGGUACCCCCUAUAGUUUUGUUUUUGGCGGGACACCCCAUGGUGAAGCGAGAAGAUCUUGACCCGGUGAGGGUGGCGUUCAGUGGGGCGGCGCCUCUGGGGGCUUUAGACGAACAAAGAUUGAUUGAGAAGGCCGGAAAAAGUGUCCACAUGCUUCAAGGGUAUGGUUUGACUGAAACGUCACCCACGGUCACCGCCAUUUCCAUCAAGCUUAAAGAAGAGUGUGACGAUGUGUGUGGCUCCAUCGGGCGCCCCAUCCCCAACACUCUGGUUAAAGUGGUAGCUAUAGACGAUGCCAGUGGGACACCUCUGGGUCCUAAUACCACGGGAGAGUUGCUAGUGAAAGGUCCACAAGUCAUGAAGAGCUACCUCAACAGGCCUGAAGAAACCGACAAUACGUUCCUGGAUGGGUGGUUGCGGACUGGCGAUAUGGUCUACUACAACGACCAAAGGGUCCUGUUUGUGACGGAUCGGCUUAAAGAGUUGAUCAAGGUGAAAGGGUUCCAGGUGGCUCCCGCUGAACUCGAGGAGAUAAUCAGGGAUUUUCCUAAUGUGGAUGAUGCAGCGGUUAUUGGAGUUCCGCACCCGAGUCAAGGGGAGGCUCCAAGGGCCUAUAUUGUUCCUAAGAAGAAUACCAAAGUGGAUACGAAGAAGCUGGAAGAGUAUGUAAAGGAGAAAGUUGCACACUAUAAACAACUAAAGGGGGGAGUGACCAUUGUUGACUCUAUUCCAAAGAAUGCGUCCGGGAAGAUCAUGAGGAGAAGUCUGCAGUUGGACUAUGAAAAAACAAACAAAUGAUGUUAUGGUCAACCUAGGUUCAAAUUGAGACUUUACUAAAAAAUAAUAUCAAUAGAAGAGUAUGUUUAAGUUUUAAAUAAAGUUGUUUUGAAGAGUUA